UCUUUGACUUCGUCGAUUUUGACUCUUGGAUCUACUGCAUAUGAACAAUUGAAGCAUCCAGCGUCUGCUUAUCUGAAAACCUAAAACCCCAAAUCUCUUUGCUUCUCCUGUCCGAAGCUUCUACAGCCGCAUCGAUCCAUGGCGGAAUCCGAUAAGGCCAACUCUCUGUCUGAGGAUUAUCUGCUCAAGGAUAUAGAAGAGAAGCUGAAGGUGGAGAGUGAACCUGAGGAGAAGAGUGCUGUAGUUGCUGCCCCUGUUGAGUCUACAGUUGACGGAAAUGCCCCUACAUCUGAAGAUAUCAGCAGCCAGAGUUCUGAUUCUGAAGAAGAAAACGUGAGUGGGCCCCCUCCAGUUGCUGACGAGGAUGUCACCGACCCCACUCCAACUGAAGAAACCACUGAAACUGUUGAUGAAGGAGACACCCAAAACGAAACCCCAGAGAUUAAGCUGGAGACAGCACCUGGAGAUUAUCGUUUUCCAACUACAAAUCAAAGCAGGCAUUGCUUUACCCGAUAUGUUGAGUACCACAGGUGUGUGGCUGCGAAAGGAGAAGAUGCGUCUGAAUGUGAUAAGUUUGCAAAGUAUUAUCGCUCACUUUGCCCUGGCGAAUGGGUAGACAGAUGGAAUGAGCAAAGGGAGAAUGGGACCUUCCCGGGUCCUCUCUAAAACCUCUAAAGUCAUUCAUUACAAUGAGAAAUGGAACUUAAUAAUGGCUUUGUCUUUGGUUCCAUGUUUUUUUUUUUUUUAAAAUUGGGUUGGAGUCUAUGAACAUGUUCAAGACUUAAGAGAAAGACUCCCCCCAUCUUUUUUUUUUUGUAAUUCUAAUAUCAUCAUCGAAGAGGAUCGACUAAUGAUCAAAACAUGAUAUAAAAACUGCUUAAUAAAGAUUUUAAUCGAUUUGUUGUUGCU